AUGCCGAUUGUUGACUGGGAUCGUUAUUUUCUCUCUGUGAUGCCUUUCUCUACUCACAAUUAUUUGAAGGGAAAUCCUGAGAUAGUGAUUACUGAAGUCAACUAUUUGCGUCAUUUAUAUAGAGAAACGUUUAGGUACACGUCGGCUUGGAGUAUGCAAAUUGGAAAGCGAUACGAGGAUAUCUAUCAAGAUUUCGUUCGUGAUCUCAUCGGAAAGAAAUCGAAAUCGCCAAGAUGGAAAGAUUGCUCAUCGGCUACGACAAACAGAAUGGCCUACGCUGCCGGCUCGUUGUAUGUUCGGAAUUUCUUCAACAAGGAGGCCAAGAAAACGACGAUGGAUAUGAUCGACGAUUUGCAAGAGGCUUUCUCGGCGAUGCUCGUUCAGAACGAUUGGAUGGAUCAGGGGACGAAAAAGGUGGCUCAAGAGAAAGCGUCAGCAAUGCUUCGUCUCAUCGGUUACCCAGAUUUCAUUUUGGAUGACGAGGAGCUCGACAAUUGGUUCAGAGAUCUCAACGUCGAGGACACGGAUACCUACUCGCAAAUGGUUGAGAAGAGCAUUCGAUGGGGAAUCAAUUUCGCCUACAAUCGCCUCUUGGAGCCAGUGAAACGCGACGAGUUCAGCACGAACGCGGCCGUUGUCAACGCUUUCUACUCGUCGAUUAAAAAUGCGAUCAUGUUCCCAGCCGGUAUCCUUCAAGCUCCAUUCUUUGAUGCUGAAUUUCCCAAAUCGUUAAACUAUGGAGGAAUCGGAGCCGUGAUUGGACAUGAGAUCACUCAUGGAUUCGAUGAUCAAGGAUCUCAAUUCGACAAGGACGGUAAUUUGAAGAAUUGGUGGGACGGGGCAACACGGGAGAAAUUCGAGGAACGAACACAGUGCAUCAUUGAUCAAUACGCAGCUCAAAUUGUGCCUGGGACGAGUGGUCUCCAUUUGAACGGAAAGCUCACCCAAGGAGAGAAUAUCGCCGACAAUGGAGGAGUCAAACAAGCGUACAAGGCCUACAAAAGAUAUCUGGAGAAGAAUGGGGCUGAGGCAACGAUCCCGGGGCUCGAAAAGUACACAAAUGAUCAAAUGUUCUUCAUUGGAUAUGCACAGACAUGGUGUAACAAGAUGACCCCAGAGGCAACAGUUCGGCUGAUUUUGACGGAUCCACACGCGCCGGGGAUGUUCCGAGUGAAUGUUGUCCUGCAGAAUCAGCCCGAGUUCUCGCAUGCUUUCAGCUGCCCUCCUGACGCCAAAAUGAAUCCACCAAAGCGGUGUGUGGUUUGGCAGGAUUUUUUUCACUUUAUAUAUCAU